AGAUGCCUGAGAAGUCGGCCCAGCCCGUGAUGGAGGAGGAGGUGGAGACGUUUGCGUUUCAGGCUGAGAUCGCUCAGCUCAUGUCUCUGAUCAUCAACACCUUCUACUCCAACAAGGAGAUCUUCCUCCGAGAGCUCAUCUCCAACUCCUCUGAUGCAUUGGACAAGAUCAGAUAUGAGAGCUUGACAGAUCCGAGCAAACUGGAUUCAUGCAAGGACUUAAAGAUCGAACUGAUCCCAGACCAGAAAGAGCGCACGCUGACCAUCAUCGACACCGGCAUCGGCAUGACCAAAGCCGACCUGAUCAACAAUCUGGGCACCAUCGCUAAAUCCGGCACAAAGGCCUUCAUGGAGGCUCUGCAGGCCGGAGCGGACAUUUCUAUGAUCGGUCAGUUCGGUGUGGGCUUUUAUUCUGCGUAUCUGGUGGCCGAGAAAGUGACGGUCAUCACCAAACACAACGAUGAUGAGCAGUACAUUUGGGAAUCUGCAGCUGGCGGAUCGUUCACUGUCAAGCCAGACUUCGGUGAAUCAAUUGGACGUGGUACCAAAGUCAUUCUCCACCUUAAAGAGGAUCAGUCUGAAUAUGUGGAGGAAAAGCGCAUUAAGGAAGUGGUGAAGAAGCACUCUCAGUUCAUCGGUUACCCAAUUACGCUUUACAUUGAGAAACAGAGAGAAAAAGAGGUGGAUCUUGAGGAAGGCGAGAAACAGGAGGAGGAGGAGGUUGCAGCAGGCGAAGACAAAGACAAACCCAAAAUUGAAGAUCUGGGAGCUGAUGAAGAUGAAGACUCUAAGGAUGGCAAGAAUAAGAGGAAGAAGAAGGUGAAGGAAAAGUACAUUGAUGCCCAGGAGCUGAAUAAGACCAAGCCGAUCUGGACCCGUAACCCCGAUGACAUCACCAAUGAGGAGUACGGCGAGUUUUACAAGAGUUUAAGCAAUGACUGGGAGGAUCACUUGGCUGUCAAGCAUUUCUCAGUUGAGGGCCAACUGGAGUUUCGCGCUCUACUUUUUGUACCCAGAAGAGCCGCUUUUGACCUUUUUGAGAACAAGAAGAAGAGAAACAACAUUAAGUUAUACGUGCGCAGGGUUUUCAUCAUGGACAAUUGCGAGGAACUCAUUCCAGAAUAUCUCAACUUUAUUAAGGGUGUGGUGGACUCUGAGGAUCUGCCUCUGAACAUCUCCAGAGAAAUGCUUCAACAGAGCAAAAUCCUGAAGGUGAUCCGCAAAAACCUGGUCAAGAAGUGUCUCGAUCUCUUCACCGAACUGGCAGAGGAUAAAGACAACUAUAAGAAAUACUACGAGCAGUUCUCCAAAAACAUCAAGCUUGGCAUCCACGAGGACUCUCAGAAUCGCAAGAAACUUUCUGAUCUUUUGCGCUACUACACUUCAGCUUCAGGAGAUGAGAUGGUGUCACUUAAAGACUAUGUGUCUCGCAUGAAGGACACACAGAAGCACAUCUACUACAUCACCGGUGAGACCAAAGAUCAGGUGGCGAACUCAGCGUUUGUGGAGCGCCUCCGUAAAGCUGGUCUGGAGGUGAUCUACAUGAUCGAGCCCAUCGAUGAAUACUGUGUUCAGCAGCUGAAGGAAUAUGAUGGCAAGAAUCUGGUGUCGGUCACUAAAGAAGGCCUGGAGCUGCCCGAGGAUGAAGAGGAGAAGAAGAAGCAGGAUGAGCUGAAGGCCAAAUAUGAGAACUUGUGCAAGAUCAUGAAGGAUAUCCUCGACAAAAAGAUUGAGAAGGUCACCGUCUCCAACCGUCUGGUGUCUUCGCCCUGCUGUAUCGUCACCAGCACAUACGGCUGGACGGCGAACAUGGAGAGGAUCAUGAAGUCUCAGGCUCUGAGGGAUAACUCUACCAUGGGCUACAUGACCGCUAAAAAGCACCUAGAAAUAAACCCAGCACACCCCAUCGUGGAGACCCUCAGAGAGAAAGCGGAAGCCGACAAAAACGACAAGGCGGUGAAGGAUCUGGUGAUCCUGCUGUUCGAGACGGCGCUCUUAUCCUCAGGCUUCACACUGGACGACCCACAGACUCAUGCAAACCGCAUCUACAGGAUGAUCAAACUCGGACUUGGCAUCGAUGACGAUGACUCUGUGGUCGAGGAAAUCUCUCAACCCGCUGAAGAAGAUAUGCCCGUUCUGGAGGGAGACGACGACACUUCGAGAAUGGAGGAAGUCGACUAAAGAGUUUUAGUGUACAAAUAAAAUCCGUAAUGUAAUGUAAUUUAUUGUUUUUGUAUAAAACAAUCCAGACAUAUCACAGUGAAUGUUAGCUACUUUAAAGUCCUUGUAAUUGCCUUGUGUGUCUGCUCUUGCAUUUUAUAAUUCAAACUUUCUUUUUGUAAACCUAAGCUGAACGUUUUUAAUAAAUGACUCCUUAUAAAUAAA